AUGAGAAGAAGUUUUUACCCUCCUUUAUCGAGUUGUACCGCAAUAAAGUUAAGCGACCUCGAAAAGAAACAACGAAAAGAAAAGAAGGAUGAAGAAAGAAUCAGAAAUCUUAUUAAAUCACGAAGUCAGGUAAAAGAACAUUUUUCCGAAGAAGAGGAACCCGAAUCUAAUGAGGAGAUUGAUAAUGUGAUUUCAUUAUAUCAAAACCUUUAUGAUCAAUACCAGAAUGGAUUGGCAAAUAAUGAAGAUAUAAGCAAUUUAAGAAUCGAUAUCAUCAAUCAGGUGAAAAGUAUUAGUGGAACAAAUGCAUCUCUUUGCAGUUCAGCUGGAGAUAUUAAUGUUCCUGAAAAAUCUCUCAGUCUGAGCGCUCAAUCAUUCCGAUCAAAUAGCUUAAUGAAAGAUAAGCCAAUGACAUCUAUUCAAUCUACAGAGAUUUUUAUUCUUUCCAAAUGA